AUGGUCAAUUACGGUGGUGACGAGGUUUCGGCCCUGGUACUGGACAUCGGCUCGUCCUCCUUGCGCGCGGGGUAUGCUGGAGAUGACGCACCGAAGGCAGUCGUGCCGACGUCUUUUGGUUAUAUGGAAGAAAAAUCGACCUCGAACGGAGACGUGGCCAUGGGGGAUGCUGCAGCGCCGGAGGGUGAGCAGCUCUCUGCACCUAAACCCAAGGCCAAGCUAUAUAUCGGGCAGAACGGCCCCUCCUUGUGGCGGAGCGGGAUGCAGGUCGGGAACCCCAUGCACGACGGACUGAUCCAGAACUUUGACCCCAUACCUUCCCUCAUCAAUCACGCGUUCUCCGAGGUUAUGCGUUGUAGCGCUGCGGACCAUCCAGUCCUCGUGACAGAAGCAGCAUGGAACACACAGGCCAACAGGGAACGCAUGGCGGAGAUUAUGUUCGAGGAGUUCCAGACUCCUGCCUUUUACAUUGCUAACACGGGGGUUCUCAAUGCCUUCGCAGCAGGGAAGGGCUCGGCACUCGUCAUCGACAUUGGCCACUCAACCGCAAGUGUUACCCCCGUUGUCGACGGCUUCGUGCUCCGAAAAGGUCUUGCGCACUGCGCGCUGCCACAGCUUGUCCAUGCCCACGCGAGACACCUCCUCAUGAACCAGACCUCCAUGCGGCCCGGAAUCCAGCUCAUUCCCCACCAACUCAUCGCGAGCAAAACCCCCGUCGACGUCGGCGUCCCUCCCAAGUUCGUCCUGCGCGAGGACCGCAAGGCGGGCACGACCGACUCCUGGCGCGCCUGGGCGGAGGCGCACGAGGUCGAAGAGUGGGUCCAGUCCGUCGGCGGCUGCCUCGUCCAGGGAUGGAACGAGCAGCUCGCCGUCCAGCAGGGCUCCCGCCACUACGAGUUCCCGACCGGCUGCAGCGCGCACUUCAGCGGCCCCGAGCGCUUCGCCGUCGGCGAGCAGUUCUUCACGCACUCGCAACAGCUCGUCGCUUCGAACCCCAAUCUGCCCAAGACGGUCCCCGCGCUGAUCAUGAACUCGAUUGGACACUGCGACCACGACCUCCGCCAGGUCCUGCUCGGCAACGUCGUUCUCACCGGUGGCGGCAGCCAAUUCGCCGGCUUCGCGGACAGGCUCGCGAACGAGAUGGCCCGUCAGUUCCCACACGUCAAGCUACACGCACCGGGUAACACCACCGAGCGCAGGUUUGGAGGUUGGCUGGGUGGCAGUAUGCUCGCUAGCUUGGGUACCUUCCACCAGCUGUGGAUCAGCAAGGAGGAGUGGCAGGAGCAUGGACGAGCUAUCGUCGGCCAGAGGUGCAAGUGA